AAAUAGCGCUGGGUGUGAGAAUUGUUUUUAUUUAAAAGUGCCGAAAAAUAAUAGAGUAGACUAAUUUGAUUUUUGUUUUGGAGUCUUUAAGAACUGAAUAGUGCUAGUUACUGUGACGUGAUUAAGUGCUGAAAAAAGUGGCGGUGAAUCACAUGACAAAUAAGAUCAAUGACUCCAGUGGUGGUUGACAGGAAGGAAACUCGGGAGUCGGGACUCGGGACUUCGUUUCGUUGUCUACUCUCUCAUUUAUCCGAGGCUGUUAGAAAAAACAACGUCUGUGACAGAUACUGCUAGUAGCAUAGUGUAGUGACAAUGGGAGUGUAUAUAGUGCAGUGUUUUGAAUGUGACGUGCCAACAAUAUGAUGGAGACCGAGCUACCACCCGGCAGCUGCAAUUCAACUGGUCACCUUUCCACUAUUGGAUGGAAUAUACCAGGUCGCAUGCACCACUCGGCGAGCACGCCGGCGGGCGUCGACGGCGGCGCUCGCACGCCUCCCGCCACGCCCAAGAAAGGCGGCAAGAUGCUCGCCGUGCGCGUGCAGAUGCUCGACGACUCCAUAUCCAUGUUCCAGAUACAGUCAAAAGCACUUGGACGAGUAUUGUUUGAUCAAGUCUGUCGACAGCUGCACCUCCUGGAAGCAGACUAUUUUGGACUCGAGUAUCAAGAUGCUAACGGAACUAAGUACUGGUUGGAUGUCGAAAAACCAAUGUGCCGUCAAGUUGGUCUAUCAAUGUUGGAGCCAACGUUGAGGUUUUGCGUUAAGUUCUACACACCGGACCCUGCGAGGCUCGAAGAGGAAUUCACACGGUACCUCUUCUGUUUGCAAGUGAAACGAGACCUCGCGCAGGGCUGUAUACAAUGCAACGAAAACACAGCAGCUUUGAUGGCCAGUUACAUCGUACAAGCGGAGUGUGGCGACUUCGUGCCAGAAGACUACCCGGACCACACCUACCUCAGCGGCUACAAGUUCUUUCCCGGCCAAGAUUCAGAAUCCGAGAGGCGGAUAAUGGAGAACCACAAGAAACAUAUCGGCCAAAGCCCCGCGGAGGCAGAUUUGAAUUUAUUAGAAACAGCGCGAAGAUGUGAAUUAUACGGUAUAAAAGUACACGCAGCGAAGGAUCACGAGGGCGUACCGCUGAACCUCGCAGUGGCGCACAUGGGCAUCGCAGUGUUCCAGCACUUCACUAAGAUCAACACGUUCAGCUGGGCAAAGAUCAGGAAAAUAUCAUUCAAGAGAAAACGAUUCCUAAUCAAACUACAUCCGGAGGGAUACGGAUACUAUCGCGAUGUUGUGGAGUUUUUCUUCGAGAGUCGUAACGAAUGCAAGAAUUUCUGGAAAAAAUGCGUUGAGAAUCAUGGCUUUUUUCGCUGUUCGAGCGUGCCACGCCUGCCCAGACAUAAGACUAGGGUUAUGUCUAGGGGUUCCUCCUUCAGGUAUAGUGGAAAAACUCAGAAACAAAUUGUGGAGUUCGUAAGAGAUAACUACGUAAAGCGACAGACAUUCCAAAGGUCGGGCUCGUUCCGCGCGUCGCGCUCGGCGGGCUCGUCGCGCGGCAACGUGUCCGCGCCCGCGCUCAACGCCAGCGUGUCCGCGCACCCGCUGCUGCCGCUGCCGCCCGGCUCCGACGCGAUUUCCCUGGAGUGGGACAAGCUACCUCACUACCUGGAGGCCUCUCUGAUGAUGAAGGGCUACUCGGCGGAGGAGGCGCGUGCGGCGGCGCGCCGCGCAACCGCUCGCCCACCCCCACCAGCUACCGCCUUCGCCUCCACGAGGGACAAGCUUUCAAAACUGUACAGCAAUCGAAUAGCGGGUCCAGAAGUAGUGACCCAUGCCGAGGUCAAUCAUCAUCCCAUGGAGGAUUCGCUUCCGCCUCAUCAGAUGACGACACCGUUGACAUCUCCGGAGAGUACGUGGAUAACGGAUGCGGAGGACAGUGGGCGCGCGCGCGCUCCCACUCCGCCGCCUCGUGGGCCGCGCCCGCACACGCCAGACGUGAGCGUCCAAGGAGAAGAUCCCACGGUGUCGUCGGCGAGCCUGUGCGUGUCGCCCGCGCCGAGUGCGGCGGGCCCGCUCGGCGCCUCCACGCCGCUCGACCGGCGCGCCGCCAACGGGUACCGCGAGCGCCUCGACAACCGCCGGGACUGCGACGCCGUCAAUGGAAACGUGCACGUUAAUAUAGUGUCGGCGUCGACUCAUAACAUGGAUGUCCUAAGCGGAGGAGAAAGCGACGCGGGCGACACCUUGUCGAGGCGGAACAAUAAUAGCAUAUCAUCUGGCGUAGCGGUAACAGGCGAGACGGUGAAGCGACGCGGAGACAUCACGUACUACGUCGCCAAGGAACUGCUGAUGACGGAACGCACGUACAAGCGUGACCUCGAACUUGUCACCGUCACGUGGUCGAAGCGCGUGGGCUCGCUGGGCCGCUCGUCGGGCGGCGCGGAGGCGGCGGCGCUGGCGCGCGCGUGCCUGGCGCUGGAGCCGCUGGCGCUGCCCGCCGGCGCGCUGCUCGCCCGCCUCGACCGCGCGCUCGCCGCCGCCUCGCCCGCCUCGCCCGCCUCGCCCGCCUCGCCCGACGCCGAAGGUAAUGAAGAACCAGAGUACAAAAAAGUUGCGGAGCUUCUACAUGAUUAUUUAUCAAGUACAUAUGACGCGUUCGCGGCGUACACGGAGCAGGCGGGCGCGGCCGUGGCGCUGGCGGAGAGCGCGCGGCGGCGCGGCGGGGCGGGCGCGCGCCACGCCGCCGCCUUCGACCGCGCCGCGCCGCUGCCGCUCGCCUGCCUGCUGCUGCGCCCGCUGCACCGCCUGCACCACUACGAGCGCCUCGCGCACGAGUUAUGGACAGCGACGGGCAGUUCGUCUGCGCUUGCGGCCCUGGAUCUGGCUCGCACUGCGUCGGCCGCGGCAGAGAAGCAACUGCGACACGUGGAGAACCAUGCUGCGCUUUGUCAGCUGCAGCGAGACCUCCUGGGGUACGAUAAGCUGCUGGUCGCCGACCGGGAAUUCAUAAGAUUAGGUUGCGUCUAUACACACACUUCCAAAGGAUUACAACAAAGGAUGCUGUUCUUGUUUAACGACAUUCUCAUACUGGCGUCCAAGUGCUCGAGUGGCCAGUUUCGUGCACACUCGGUGUUGUCGCUGAACCAGCUGAGCAUCGAACCCACCGAGUUACCGCACUCGUUCGUGGUCAAAGGCGAGGACACCCGGCUGACGCUCAGCGGCAGCAGCGAGGCGGAGUACCGCGGCUGGAGCGCGGCGCUCGGCGACGCCGUGCGGGCGGCGCGCGAGCGGCCCGGCGCCGCCGACGUGCGGCUCUCGCACGCGCUGCCGGACUACGACGAGGCGGAGGGCGCGGGCGGCGCGGGCGGCGCGGGCGGCGCGCUGGCGCACGUGUGCUGGCACCGCGCCGCGUCGCUGCGCCGCGAGCAGCUGCAUCGCGCGAUGCGGAGUCAGCUAUCCGGAUAUUUGCUACGCAAGUUCAAGAAUUCUCACGGCUGGCAGAAGCUGUGGGUGGUGUUCGCGAUGUUCACGUUGUUCUUCUACAAGACCUGCCGAGACAGCGCACCGCUUGCGUCGUUGCCCCUUCUAGGAUACAGCGUUGGCGCACCGUCUCCCGGUGACGGGAUCGACAAAGAAUUCGUAUUUAAGUUGCAGUUCAAGAAUCACGUCUACUUCUUCCGCGCUGACAGUCACUUCACAUACAAUAGGUGGAUAGAAGUCUUACAAACACCAAUGGCUUCGGAGGACAAUUGAAUCUAUGACAUUUCAUUAUCAUCAAGUUUGUGAGAAUAAACCAAUGUCUAUCAUAGAAGGUUAAUGAAAUAAAACAAAAUACGAUUACAAUUGGUGCCAUAAAGUUUAUAGAAUUGAAAAUACAAUACACGAACGAAAAAAUCAAAAGUGAUGUUAACAUAAGUUCUUGCCUAUGUUUAUUUAAAGAACUACAGACGGAUAAACGUCUAUGUGUUUUGUUACAAGACGUUGUGUGAUAUGUCAGUACAUAUAAGUUUGAAGAUAAAAAGACGAAUCGAAUAUACGACGAUGACUUGUUGCGGGAAAAGCCGAGAUGGCCCAGUGGUAAGAACGCGCGAAUCUUAACCGAUGAUCGUGGGUUCAAACCCGGGCAAGCACCACUGAAUUUUCACGAGCUUAAUUUGUGAUUGUAAUUCAUCUCGUGCUUUACGGUUAAGGUAAACAUCGUGAGGAAACCUGCAUGUGUCUAAUUUCACUGAAAUUCUGCCACAUGUGUAUUCUACCAACUCGCAUUGGAGCAGCGUGGUGGAAUAAGCUCCAAACCUUCUCCUCAAAAAGAGGAGAGGAGGCCUUUAGCCCAGCAGUGGGACAUUCACAGGCUGUUGCGGUUGCGGUCGGACUUGUUGCGACUAUCGCACAAAAAAAGUUUUACUCGUACUUGAAAAGGAUACGAAAUAAAUAUAAAUAAAAUACAAAUUAUAAAUAACUUCGUCAUUACUAUAAGAAUAUUUGCAAUGUUUAUGAGCGAACCGACUUGUACAGAAUGCUAGUCUUGAGUUUUUAUUAAACUCGAAAAGAGGUGAGAAAGCAAUCUACAUUUAAAUUAAAAUUAAAUCGAUUCACUAGUUAAUAUGAUUAUUUAUAUUAAUAUAUGUACAAACUUUACAAAGAUAUAAAUAUGUCAUAUCUUUGUCUUUCAAAUAUCAAAUAUAUGAGACAAUAAAAUAUAUAUUAUUUAUAAAAUAUAAUAACCGUUUGUAUCAAAGAUAGAUUCCAUUAUGAUGGCAUAAUAAUAUAUAAGUUAUAUUAAGUAUUUAUUUCCUAAUAAUUUCAAUAUACAUCCAUUUUAUUACUAACCUACCAAUGUUAUUUAUAAAAGCGAUAAUAAAGUAUGAGUGCUCGUUAUAUAUAUCGUAAGUAUUAAGAAACGAUAUAUGAAUGACUGAUAAAUAUAAUACAAUAUUAAAUAAGACGGCUAACAGUUGGACAUUCCAAGAAAUUAACAAAUAUUAUAUUAUUAAAAAACGACAUUAAAAUAAUUCGUAUAAUGGUUUUUAUAUGGAUAUUUUUAGUAAUUAUCUUAUGUCGUAAAAAAAACUAUUGAUGCAAUUACGUGUGAUUAUUAUUGGUGACUAAUGACAGAUGAAUUGCAAACAGCUAUAAAAACAAACUGCUUUACCACUUUUCACUUGUUAGAAAAGUAUAAAAUCAGAAACGGACACAAUGCCGCUACUCGCGCGAGUCCAUUAUCUAAAAUGACUAUCGGCGCGACGUGUGCAUACAUUUAUUACAAAGCUAAUUUCAAGUAAAUUUUAUUAGCGUUAUGAUUAUUCCUGGUUUUAUGUGUUAAUAGGCAUGAUGACGGUAUUAAAGAAUUAAAAAAUAAAUGAUUUUAGAGAAGAAACUAUUUUAAAAGGAUUCUAAAAAAUGAUCCUAUUUUAAUAUACACAUUGAGAUUAAUAAGGUUUUUAAUAAAAUAAAAGAACAAAAUUCUGCAAUCGGCCAUUUUAUUUGAAACACCAAUUAAAGCGAAUGACGUCACGCCUCUGUAUCUAUAACCGUUUCUCUUGAACAGUUGUUUGUGUUUACGCGUUUCAAAAUUAUUUUGCAUCAUUUAAUUAGUUGAGUCGUUGAUUAUUCGCGUUUUUAUGAAGAAAAUAAAACAUCCAAGAUCUAUCAAUGAUGGAACAAGGUUUUGUUAAGGCAAAUACCUCUAAUUUGCCCAGGAUUUGUUGAUGUUAGGAGAGUUUCUUUCAUCAAAUAAAGACUUGCUCAUCUGAAUUUCGAAAUGUGAAAACUUCCUUGUAAGUAAAUUUUUAUUUAUCUUUAGUGUUAUUAUAGCUUUUUUUUCUGUUAGCUAUAUAGUAUUACUCGCAUAUAUUUAGCCCUAAUAUUUUCACCAGUAAGAACUUUUAAGACAAUAUCCCACUUAGCCCCACUAAUACUGAAUUUGUGAAUUUACAUAUUUACAAAUACUUCUAUAAAUCUAAAUAUAUCAUAAAUAUAUAAUAAAUCUUUAUGAAUCUCUGCCUCAAUUUGCAAUUUCUUCAAAAUGUUCUGUAACCAUACUUUUUUUUAAUUGCUUUUCACAUUCUUCAAGAACCAUCAUCUCUCGUUACUUACUUAUAUAUGGUCGUUCUGCUUCUGUAGAUUGUUCUUCGAUCUGGUUGGCAUUCGAAUGUAUUUUUACACAGAGAGACCGCACACCACUUGUAAACUUUGAAAUUCAUUUUUAACCUUAGUAAAUACUUAAUAUUUUCUGACUUUCUUCAUUGAGUAUAGACAAUACAACAUUUACUGUCGUUUAUUGAUCCGUGGCGUCACGUGCAGCCGCCAUGACACCUGCGAGUGUUUUCGAGCGAAAUUCAAAAUAGGUAAAUGAAAAUGCAAUUAUUUGCGUAUAGUUAGUUUAUUACUGAAAUAAAAUUAUUUUCGGUAAUAGUAGAUGUGUACCUACAUUGUAGAAGGUUGUUUCAAAAUCAGUCAUCAUGCCUAUUGAACAAGUUCAAUAAAUUUAUUUAUUUUAACUUUUCUAAGAAAAAAAAUAUUUUGUUCAAAUUAUGCUGAAAUAAGCAAAUUUUUAAAUGAGUUAUUGUGUUUUAAAUGAAUUUGUAUACAUAGAAUAUCAUUCCAUAGAUAUUUAAUUUUGUUCAUAAUCAAUUACAUAUUUUAUUAUUAAUGUCAUUAAUAUUGUAAUUUGUACAAACACUAUAAAUAAAAUAUACAUUAAUUACAUAUAUCGAUAAUUGUGUCGAGUCAGUAAAUAGAUAAAAAUAAAUAAUAAACUACGUAUACUAUGUCAAUAAAAUAAAAAAAAGUUAUACUGGAAUAUGAUAAAACAUACUAAAUAUUACAUAUCGAGGCGACAUCUUGUGGCCUUAAUAGAAACGAAUUUCAGGCUAUAGUUAGGAAAAUUGAAUUUAUAAUUUUUGUGCAGUCCUAUCAUCAAAAAAAAUUCAUCAUCAAUUAGAUUUUUCUUUUUAAGCUUUAUACAUAUUUUUUUUACUUCAAAUGAUUUUUUUUUUUAAAUUAUAUAUAAAGUCUGCAUGUUAUUUUGGAACGCUGUUAGGCAGACAGUUUAUAUAUAAAGUUCCAUAACGUUAAACUAUUUUUUAAUGUAAAUUUAUAUCGUUAUAAUCAUGAAUUCGAAUUAACGAAAAAAGUAAAAUUUUCGUAAUAAUAAAACCUAAGAAACUUUAUUCCGUGAAAGUAAUUCUUUUUUUAUUUUUAAUAUAAUAAAAUCAAUAGAAUAAAAAAACCGCGUGCAGUUGCAGUAAACAUCAGAAACGUUACAUAUAGAAACAUUCACUGAAAUUCGAUUUGGAAAUUUUACUAUAAUCUCGCUCGAACAGAAUAGACGGCGAAGAACUGACGUUUUAGAAAACAUUUGUUGCUUAGUGCCUUGUAAUAGAAUUAUACGUCUUAUUUAACUUUGCGAAAACUUUCAUGAAUUAAAACAAAGCGUAAACGAUUAAUUUAAUUUGAGUUAUAUAUACGUUAUACCGUGUUGAGAAUACAUAUUAUAUAUAUUACAAAAUGCAUAGGCAUAAUAUAUACUUUUGUUUAAAGUAUCAUAAAAUAUGUUUGUGAUACUUAAAAAUAAUGUGUCGCAUGCUGAUACUACCCAGUAUUUUGGGACGGCAUUGAUGAAAAAGUAACAAAAAUUUGUGCCCACGCCUCCGAACUACGUCGUGUAGUGAUUUAAAGCGUUCGAUGGCUACUAUAACUGCUAACAAGGUAUAGUGCCAUUCGAAUAUUUUUGUUUUCAUUCUCUUUUUAUAUUAAUAAACCAAAAAUGUACAAUAAAUUUUAUAACUUCACGUAUAAUAUAAUAGAUAAAAACAUUGUUUACGUUGGAAAAGUUUCGGCCUAAAGUAAUUUUUGUUACUUAGAAGAAUAAUAAAAUUGUAAAUAUAAAUAAAGUAUAUACUUUAUGUGAAUGAUUGAAAUCUCAUUUAGCAAAAUAUAUUUAUAAGAUUCACAUUCAAUGAAAAAUAUUUUAUAAUAUACUAUUACAAUGUACAUACAUUAUAUAUAUAAUAUAACCAUAUAUAUAAAAUCAAAUCUUUUGUAAUUUUAUUUUCUUUUAAAAAUGUUUACUUUUGAAAGCCUUAUUGUUAAUGUUUAUAAUAUCCUAACGACUGUAUUCGUUUUAUUUAUAAAAACGAUCUUUUACUACUUUAGAAAUCAAAGCGCGUGUCGAUGUCACGUGACAGAAGUUUUUUUUAGGUCAAACACGUUUCACUCAUCGCCCUGUAAUUGUAAUUCCUUCGUAUCCAAAGAAGAUUCGUUUAAAUUUCUUCUCGUCGACUUAUUAAACCCUGGUUAUACUUAUCUAUUGUUAAUAUAUUGUAUUAAUAAGGUAAGUUUUAUUUUUAGUUUGAGGCCAGUGCCAGACGUUCGUGUAGUAUUAUUUAAGUCCUAAAAGUUAGCGCAUUCUUUACGUACACCCUGUCCCUUGGCGAGUGUCUGGCAUUGGAGCUACAUUUACCUAUUCCAAAAUGUUACACGGCUGUGUCGAUUAAGAUGAUGGAAAACGAAAAACUCGCUUGAAUGAGCGAGGAAUAUAUUUAUUAAACGUACAUCACUAAGGUCAACACAAUAUUUUUAUAAAUAAAUUAUAAAAA